AUGGAAAAAGACCAACGGAUUAUCAUCAUUGGAGCUGGCGCAUUUGGCCUCGGCACCGCGCUGAGACUAAGGGAAGAAGGCUACAAGUCUGUUACCGUUCUCGACCGAUCAGUCCCUCCAGUGCCAGAUGGCUCCAGCAAUGACAUUUCCCGCAUCAUUCGCUUUGACUAUGGAGACCCAAUCUACGCUGAGAUAGCAAAGGAGGCCUUUGACCUGUGGAAGACUCCCGAUUACAAGGAGGCAUUUCACCAAGCACCCUGCAUGUGGGUGUGUCAAGACGGCACCCCGCAACAACCAGUACAGCCUCGGGCCCAUGAAUACAGCGACAAAACGAAACGGGUCUUGACUGAGAUGGGCCAGGAAUGGGUUCCUCUCAACAGCGUCGAGGAGGCCAAGCAGCACUUCCCAAAAUUAACGGGCCGCCUCGCCACUCCUGGCUUUGAUGGGUUUUACAACACUUCUGCCGGAUGGGCAGACGCAGGCCUAGCGUGUGCCCGUUUGAUGUCUCGCUGUGCCUCUGCCGGAGUGUCUUUUAUAACUGGUCCGAACGGACAGGUUGAAGAAUUCGAGAAGCGGCCGGAUGGAAGCAUCAAAUCUGUUCGCACCAAGAGCGGACGAGUAGAAGGCGACCAUUUCAUCGUCGCCACUGGUGCCUGGACCGCGAGUCUUAUCCCGUCUUGGAACUCCAUGCUCGCUGCUGGGCAGAUCGUAGGAUACCUGCGUCUCACCCCGGAGGAAGUUGCCGAGCUCAGAGAUAUUCCCAUUUACUUCAACUUCUCCACCGGCUUCUUUGCCUUCCCACCACACGAGCCCACUGGGUAUCUCAAGGUCGCUUGUCACGGGUUUGGCUACACUCGUACUGAGUCAGCGGCCACUUCCGCACCACCCAGUUCCGCAGUCGCAUCGCGGGCGAACUACAUCCCCCCAGAUGGACUCGAACGACUCACAUCUGGAUUGAGGGAUCUUUUCCCACAGCUAGCCCCAAGAGGUUUCGAAAAAGUUGGGUUAUGCUGGUACAAUGAUACCCCGACCGGUGAUUUCAUCUUUGAUUAUCACCCGGAGCAUAAGAACUUGUUCAUUGCCACAGGAGGAAGCGGACAUGGAUUCAAAUUCUUACCAGUCAUUGGCAAAUAUAUUGUGGGAAGCUGGCAGAGGAAACUCUCGCAGGAGUUGCUUUCCAAGUGGAAGUUCCAUACUCAAUUCCGCGAGAGCUUCCAAGGCGAGGUUUUCACCGGGGAUGGAAGUCGUGGUGGGCCAGAGCGAAGGGAAUUGACGGAGCACGAGUUGGAUAAGUUUGACACGGCAUUAAAGGCUGCUUCAUCCCGGCACAGCAAGAUUUGA